AAAAAAUCAUUUCUGCACAAAGUGAUGCAAGAUGCAGACAAUACGGAUUAUAGUAAUUUUACUCUUAAAUUUCCUCGCUGCAAACUUUGGUUUAGAAGAUGGCCCAAUUCCAUCUGAUCUCUCGAAGCAAAAUGGGAACCAGACACAACCCACAACCCAAGGUCCAGAAGCAGAUGAUGAUAACAAGACUCUGGGGCUCCAAGGUCACCUUGAAAAAAAUCUCCACCAUGAGCUCUCCGUCUCCAGACCCGCAGAGUCUAUGGCUUCCCGGAGGCCUGCGGUGCUGAUCAUUGGCUCAGGAAUAUCCGGCCUCGGGGCAGCCCAGAAACUACACAAACACGGCUUCAGGAAUCUGAUAGUAUUAGAGGCGACAGGAAGAACUGGAGGUCGGAUACGCAGCGAGAAAUUCGCAAAAGGUCUGGUUGAGAUUGGUGCUCAGUGGAUUCAUGGACCAUCUCCUGAAAAUCCUGUGUUCCAGCUCUCCGCCCAAUACAACUUACUUGAACCAGAAGCUCUCCUUGAAGAGAAUCAGAAAAUGGAGGCAGGGGGUAACCACAGUGGCAUUAUUUUCUACAGCAGCUCUGGCAAACAGAUCAGCCCAGAGCUGGCUGUAAGUGUUGAGGAGAUGUAUACAUCUUUUUUAAACAGGAGCAGAAACCACCUGACGCCAGACGUAUCUCAUGCAAAUUCCAGUGUAGGAGGCUUCAUAAAACAGGAGAUUGCUCUGAGUUCUAAGGAAUGGGAUGGAGACUCAGUUGAUUUGAAGAUGGCUUUAUUAAAAACACUAUUUAAACAUGAGUGCCUUGUUAUUGGGACACACAGUAUGGACAAUGUGGCACUUGAAUCCUUUGGAGAAUAUAAAUUGCUACCAGGGAGUGACUGCACCUUCCCGGGGGGGUUUGAAAGCCUUAUAAACAGCAUGAAAUCAACACUCCCUGAUGAUAUUUUCAAACUGAACAAAGCUGUGAAAAAUAUCCACUGGAAUGGGUCCUUCGAAGACAGCAGCUCUCGCUCAUAUCCUGUACAAGUGCAGUGCGAAGAUGGUGACACUUUUGUAGCAGAUCAUGUCAUUGUCACUGUCCCUCUAGGAUUCCUGAAAGAACAAAAUGCAAGUUUCAUGAACCCUCCUCUACCACCCCGGAAGGUUCAGGCAAUUCAGAACUUGGGAUUUGGAACAGUUAACAAGAUCAUUAUGGAGUUUGAGGAACCAUUUUGGGACCCCACACAUAAAUACUUAGUGCUGGUGUGGGAGGGGGAGUCCCCGCUAGUAGAGCCACAACGGGAUAUGCGUCGUGAUUGGGUGAAGAAACUUUCUGGAUUUGUGGUACUGCAGCCACCUGCACAGCUCGGCCACGUUCUUUGUGGUUUUAUUUCUGGUGAGGAGGCUAAGUUCAUUGAAACAUUGACAGACGAAGAAGUCCUCACCGCAAUGACUUCUGUGCUGAGACAGUUCACAGGAGAUCCUAAUCUCGGCCCCCCUGUACGCAUCCGGCGCACACGCUGGCGCAGUGAGACAUUCACCCGAGGCUCCUACAGUUAUGUGGCAGUUGGCAGUUCUGGGAAGGAUGUAGAUAUUCUGGCACAGCCACUACCAGAGGAGGGAGACACAGCCAAGCCCCUGCAGGUUCUCUUUGCUGGAGAAGCAACACACAGAACCUUCUAUUCUACAACUCAUGGUGCUUUGUCAUCUGGCUGGAGAGAAGCUGAUCGUCUGAUUGGGCAGUAUCCUGGGCUGGAACCUUCACUCAGCAAAGCCAAGCCCUGAUGAUAAAUCCUCACUUAUUGUUCAGUCCAUUCUUAUUGUUUAAAGUAUUCUAACAGCCAGAUUAAAGAAAAAUGUAACAAACUACAUCAAAAUAGUUAAAAUACUGAGGUGCAGGAUAAACAAGACAAUAAGAUGAUGACUUGCAUAUUGCAGCACAGUAUAAUGUAGGCGCAUUGAAAAGCACUAUAGAAAAUGUAUCUCUGAAAGUUUUACAAUACACUUGAUAAGACAAAAAUGCUCUGUGUAUCUCUCUAUUGAUGUUUAAAAGGCCAUAGUAAUAAAAAUAAUUACAUGCUCUAAUUCGUUAUCAAUCCUGCACUCCAAUCAGCAGCCCUAGUCGCAUGACUCAGAUGUAGAACUAGUGCUGCUGAUUGGAUCAGUGGGGGUUUCCACUGAGGACCAGUAGUGCUCUAGGAGUCCUGAGUGAUACUUCUACUGUGUCUUUAACCUCUUCUUCUUCCUUCUCCUUCAGACUGAUCUUAUCUUAGGUCACCUCACUCAGAAGCUUAUCAAGACAAUGAGGCCCAUUUAUCAAGCUCCGUAUGGAGCAUGAAGGGCGUGUUUCUGGCGAGUCUUCAGGCUCGCCAGAAACAGCAGUUAUGAAGCAGUCGUCUAAAGACCGCUGCUCCAUAACCCUGUCUGCCUGCUCUGAUGAGGUGGACAGGAAUCGCCGCAAUUCAACCCGAUUGAAUAUGAUCGGGUUGAUUGACACCUCCGCGAGUCAUCAGGGGGUGGUGUUGCACAAGCAGCUCUUGUGAGCUGCUAAUACAAUGCUGAAUACGGAGAGCGUAUUGCUCUCAGCAAUUCAGCGAGGUCUUGCGGACCUGAUCCGCACUGUCGGAUCAGGUCCACAAGACCUUUCAUAAUUCGGCCUCUAUGUCACUCAUCUCAGCUCACAAGUGCACCCAAUCACAACACAGGGUCUGUGAUAUACUAGUGAAAACACUUGUGAUUGGCUGCAUUUGUGAAAAGCCAGGACAAAAAAGUUAUAGCACAUAAAAAAGAGUUAAUGGUUGACCUGUACAUAUACCAUAAGUUACAUUUCAGUAGUGAUGAGAAGCUUAACCCCUUUAUAGCUAACAGGAAACAUCACAUCUUACUGUAAAGCUUUAUGCCCACAACUAUGAUUAUCUGAGCAACAUUUGAAAUACAUGAUGUGACUGUAAUACUUUAAUCUCAGAGACACUGCUAUAGAAAAAAACUCUAUGCUAGAUGGAACAUCAGAUUAUCGUGUGCUAUGCAAGUAAUGACACGUGUACCAAUAACUACACUUGUUAUAUCAUACAAUGUAUUAUAAAAAUAAAUUGUAAUUCAUUAUUAAAAAUACAUUUCUUUGAA